AUGGACAGCAAACUUCAUCCUGCUAUGACAGUGUCCAACAUCAAAAACCUCGUACCCAUAACCUUAGAAGCCGACGCUGCUCAUUACACCACUUGGGCAGAACUCUCUCAGAACUCCUGCAAAGCAUACCAGGUUUAUGAUCACUUGCAACCCAGAAAGAAAAUACCAGCCUCUGCCUCCUCUUCUGAAGCUGACAAGGCUAAGGACGCUACUCCUCCAGAACCUUCUCCUGAUGAUGAAGCCCUCUGGUCGCGUCUCGAUGCCAUUGUCAAACAGUGGAUCUAUGGCACCAUAUCCACUGACCUCCUACACACCAUCCUCACUCCAGGUCAAACAGCCUACGAUGCUUGGACCAUCCUGGCUAACCUCUUUCAAGACAACAAAAACACCAGGUCUGUCUUCCUUCGGCAGGAGUUUUCCAAUGUCCGCCUAGAGAACUUUCCAAACAUGUCGGCCUACUGUCAACAGGUUAAACUCCUGUCCGAUCAACUUACUAGUGUGGGGGCCCCGGUUGACAAUCAGAGACUUGUUCUUCAACUUUUAACCGGUCUUACCGAACAGUACGACGGGAUUUCAACGAUCCUACAACAUAGGGAUCCUCUGCCUGAUUUUAAUGAAGCACGUUCACAUCUCACGAUGGAGGAAAGUAAGAAGAAACAUCAGGUUGCUCAGGCUGCCCAUUCCUCCGCCACUGCACUUGCGGCUGUCACAACCAGCCCUUCACCAUCUGACAACAACGCCAAUCCUCCUUCUGAUCGUAAUCGUGGAUGGGGUCGUAGCCGUGGACGUGGCAGGGGGCGUGGCCCCAAUGGUCGCGGGGGCCGGGGGUACAAUGCCAAGCACCCGUACAUUGUGUUUCCGCAGGGUUGGGCAUCGAAUCAGUGGGCUGGACUUAUGAAUAAUCAGGCCUAG